AUGGCAGAAGAUUUGGAAGGCAAAGGAGGUGUUUUGAGUGAUGAUGCAAGACAGUUUCGAGCCUCAUUUGCUGCCCCAAUUCCAGCUGUUGCUUCUGCAAGACAAGUAAAUCUGUGUGCUAUCAAGGAGGGCUUGAAGAUGGUAGCUGCGAUGCAGGUUAACAAUGUCAUCAUCGAAACAGAUUGUCUGGAAGCGGUUUCUAGUAUUGCUGCCGUACAAUUCACUUAUGUCGAUGAGGAAGGAUUAAUUGAUGACAUUCGUCAGGAACUCACCCACAGAACUGACAUUAUAGUGCAACAUAAUUCACGUGUUUGCAACCGUGUAGCCCACUAUUUAGCUAAUGUAGCUUAUGGAGCUAGUCAUGGCUCUAUUUAG